UCUCCGCGCACCGUCAUUUUACAACACAGAAAAUGGCGUCAGCUGAUUCCCAGCCGCGGUUCGGCCAGUCUGUCAAAGGCUUGUUAUCCGACAAAGUGGGCUCCUGCAGCGGGGACGUGAUUGCGUUGACCCGUCAGGUGCUGAAGGGAUCCCGCAGCCAAGAGCUUCUGGGCCUGGCAGCGAGGAACAUGGUGAUCCAGGAGGACGCCAUCCUGCACUCAGAGGAUAGUCUGAGGAAAAUGUCCAUCAUCACCACUCAUCUACAGUACCAGCAGGAGGCCAUCCAGAAGAACGUGGAACACUCCAAGAACCUGCAGGACCAGCUGAAGCACCUGCUGAAGUGACACACACCCCACCAUGGAGGGGGGGGCAUCAGCAGCUCAGCCUCCAACUUGUCAGACGGAGGAGUUUAACAGCUGCUCUGCUUUACAGAUGUUUGGUUUCUAAAUGAAAGCAGUAGAGCCUGAAGCAGUGGAUGAUCUACGCUGAGAUUCCUCUGGCUUACCCAGAGCCCCGACACGCUCGGCCUGAACGCCGAGGCGGAGCUCUGAUGUCAGGACCAACAUCCAAUCACAAACCAGAGAGCUCCUUAUUUAACAGCUGAAAAGGUUCUGUUCCAGCUGAAAGUUCACACUCAGUUUUAGGGUUUCCACAGUUUGUUCCAUUUCAGCAUCAAAGCUCCCUGUGUUUGCUGCUUUUGUGGGUGGAGCUUCACAAAAAAGAUAUUUUUUUCAACUUAAGAAAUCUGAAAAGUGUGGAAUACAUCUCUAGUUUACUAGAGAUGUACUGAGGGAUAUUUCUUUGUAAAUGUGAGAAUAAAGUUCUAAUAGGAGAUGAA